AUGUCGCGCUCCUCCACGCUCCUCCUCGUCGCGCUCUCGCUCCUCCUCUGCGCCGGCGCGGCCACGGCCGCCGUGCCAAGGUUCCGCGAGGCCCCUCACUUCACCAACUCCGCGGGCGGCGCGGCACGGUGCCCUCCCCCGCUGCCGCCCACCACCGGCGCGGACGCGGCGUGCUCGCCCAACGCGGCCGUGCACGUGGCCAUGACGCUCGACGCGUCCUACCUGCGGGGCACCAUGGCCGCGGUGCUCUCCGUCCUGCGCCACGCCUCCUGCCCGGAGUCCGUCCACUUCCACUUCCUCGCCGCCGCCGGCCCACCAUCCAGCACCACCGCCGAGCUCGCGGCCGCCGUGCGGGGCUCCUUCCCAUCUCUCACCUUCCGCGUAUACCCGUUCGACGAGUCGCGCGUGGCGGGGCUCAUCUCCGCGUCCAUCCGCGGCGCGCUCGACCGCCCGCUCAACUACGCGCGCUCCUACCUGGCCACCACGCUCCCGCCCUGCGUGCGCCGCGUGGUCUACCUCGACUCCGACGUCAUCCUCACCGACGACGUCGCCUCCCUCGCCGCCACGCCUCUCCCAGACGGUACCGCGGUCGCCGCGCCCGAGUACUGCGGGGCCAACUUCACGUCCUACUUCACCCCGGGGUUCUGGGCCAGCCCGGCGCUCUCCUCCACCUUCCGCGGGCGGCGCGCAUGCUACUUCAACACGGGCGUCAUGGUGCUCGACCUGCCCCGCUGGCGCCGGGCCGGCUACACGGCGCAGAUCGAGGGCUGGAUGCAGCUGCAGAAGCGGGUGCGCAUCUACGACCUCGGCUCGCUGCCGCCCUUCCUGCUCGUGUUCGCCGGCCGGAUCGCCGCGGUCGAGCACCGCUGGAACCAGCACGGCCUCGGCGGGGACAACUACCGCGGCCUCUGCCGCGGCCUGCACGCCGGCCCCGUCAGCCUGCUGCACUGGAGCGGGAAGGGAAAGCCGUGGGACCGGCUAGACGCCGGCCGGCCAUGCCCGCUCGACGCCGUCUGGGCCAAGUACGACCUGCUACGGCCGGACGCCGGGAUCGACAGCUUGUGAUCGCGUUCCAUCCGGUCACCGCCCGUUUUUGAUCAGUUAGAUUAUGAGGAUUUAGGAGAAGAUGAUUUCCUUCGUUUGUUCAUGUUCUCAACCUGUAAUGUUUUGACACACUAGAAUGUUUGUGACAGAUGU